AGUUCAGUUGUAAUUCUUCGCUCUUGCUAUUACUAUCGUUUAUUAUUUUUUUUCUUGGUAAAAUAACCAACCGCUCUUGAUACAUUGUGUUGCCGAAAAAGCAAAAAGACCUACGACAAUUUACAUUAUUAUCACAAUAAAUGGAUAUUUCACGAAAAAAAUCAUCAAGACGAGUUGGUGAUCCAAUUGACGAUUGGUUACGUGGUGAAGGAUUUGUCAGAAAACAUUCGCCAAUUGAUGCAAGUUCCUUGUUCAAAGCUAUCAGUGAGCAAAUUUUUUCAACACAAUAUUAUCAUCCCAAGGUCAGAUCUCAGUGCAUUGAUUUUAUGAGAAAAAAUCGUGAUUUAUUUGAAAAAGAUAUAAAUCAUCCUUAUGAUGAUUAUUUAGAUAAAAUGUCGAAUAUUAAUGAAUGGCCUGGUGAAACAGAAAUACAAGCAAUGUCACUAUUAUACAAACGUGAUUUUAUUAUUUAUAAUGGAAUGAAAAUGACUCGUAUGGUUUUUACAAAUAAUGGCUUAGAUAAGUUUUUUUAUCUUUGUCAAUCUUCACCAAGACACUACGAGAGCAUUUUUAAAAAAGAAAGUAUUUCUUCAGCUGCCUAUUGCCAAUCAAUUGUCUACCAUACAUUAUACCAACGUGUGUUCCAACUUGAUAAUGUUGAUGAGAGUGUCAAUAAAAUGUUACAUGAUAGUUCAGUCAACAUCAGGCAUGACAAAUUUUUUUUGAAAAGUAACAUCGAUGCCAGAGAUGAACUUACGGAAUUAUUAACAAAAGUUGAUGAAAAAAAAGAUGCAGAUGGUAAUACAGGUGAAUUAUUAAAACAAGAUAUCAAGACACCAUUUCCUUAUAAAAUUGCAAAAGCUCUGGAUCCAAAUAUAUAUCGUAACACUGACUUUGACAUUUGGCAAGAAUUAAAAAGAGAAGUUCACUCAUCAAGUUAUCCUCGUUGGAAUCCAACACGACUCCAAGUUGGUUGCAAAUGUUAUGUUGUGAUUGAGCCAAAAGAUAUAAAAAAAGCUGAUAAUAACGUUCAGCAUGAUAUUCUUGCGAUUGAAAAUGGUGGUGAUAAUAAAAACGAGGUUAUUGAAAAAGUUGACGUGAUAAAUAAAAAGCCACCAAAAAAAAUGAUUGGUCAUAUCCAAAGUAUGAGUGAUAAUAAAGGACCAGUUGUUGUCUUUAUUGAGGAACUUGGUGACAAAUUUACAGUUCCAUAUUCAGUCUUGGAAACAAUACCAAGACCAAAAAAACCGUGUUCAACUGUAAAUUUUUUUUCUUUUAGUAGAGAUCAUACAAAUUCACAAUAUCGAUGGUUCAAUACCAAUAACAACAGUAACAAUAACACCAAUAAUAAUAAUAAUAAUAAAAUUUACAACAAAAAACAAGACAAAUGGAAUGGUCAUCAUCGUAAAAAUAAGGAUACAAAUAUAAUGUCUGAUGUUAAUGGUUAUGAUGAUAAAUUAAGCAACAACAACAACAACAACAGUGAAGUUAAUCACAAUACAAAUGUUACUAUUAAAAAAAAAGAAAAAACUGAAAAUUCACGUUGGACCAAAAAUUUAAAGUUAAAUAACACAUCUAAAUCUAAAAAUCCAACAUCAAUCAUGAAAAAAUUAACAAGUAUACAUAAUUUUUCACCAAAAGAUACAUCAAAUUCAAUAACAACAUUUGAAGUACAUCCAGCAACUGUUGUCUUUGAUAAUCGUCUUCCAUUAGUGAGUCCACCACUGGUAGUAGAAAAAGAUGAUGAUAAUCCAGUUGUCAUUGGUAAUAAUGCAAGUGAUAGUAGUACUAUUUCAAGUAAUUGUACUAUUCCAAUAACAGCAGCAACAAAUAGUACAAGUGUUGAUAGUGGUGGUAGUGCCAAUAACAAUCAAAGUGAUAUGAAUGACAGCUCAAAAUCUGGUGGUAACAAAUCAGAAAAUGAAGCUUCAAAUACAUUACCAGCUGCACGUUCAACACCACUACCAUUACAACAAAGUGAAGUACAAUUACAACAAUAUAAUCCACAACAACAACAACAAAUAACUGGACCACCAAUGAUUGCAUCAAAUUGUGGAUAUGGUUGUGUUACAUCAGAGGGAAAUACUGUUUAUCCUCAGUUUAAUUAUUAUGGUGGUUUUGUACCUGAAUCAACACCACAAGUACUUGAACACCAUUUAAAUCGUGUUAAUUUUUCACCAGUAUUAAGCUAUGAUAUAAAUGGUACAGAUUUACCAAUGACUGAUUUAAUAACAUUAAGAUAUUUUUACAAUCUUGGCAUUGAAACAUAUCGUAUGGGAUUUUGGCAACCAAAUCCAUUAUAUUAUGGUCCCAGUGGUGUGAUGCCACGUAGUAACAUGAUGCAAGUUAUGCCUAUUCCAGAUUAUCAGCAAACACAAGCUGUUGCAGUUGCACCUCAACCUUUAAUGCAACAAACACAACCACAACCACAACAACAGCAGCAACAACAACAACAACAACAACAGCAAUCACAGCAGCAACAGCAGCAAGUUUCACAACAACAAAAGAAUCAACGACAAGCACUCUCACUUCCAUUGGUAUCAACAACAUCAUCGUCAACAUCAUUACAAUCAAAUAAUUCACGUCAAAAUACUCAUCCAAAUAAUCGUCGUCGUGGUGGUACUGGUGAGCAACAUAAUCAUGCUGGAAGAAUGAAUACUCAUAAUUUUGUUAAUCAAAAAAAUUCAUAUACACGAAAAAGUGAGCAACAAAAUACAGCAACAAAUUAUCAUCAUGGUGAAUCACAAAAUAAUGCAGCUCAUGAUUAUAAAAAUAAUUAUGCAAAUAGUGAUAAUAAUAAUAAUAAAGAAUCACAUAUGAGUAAUAGAGAUCAAAAAAAAAAUACAAGCAGCUCAAGUGGAAGUAGCAAUGGUGCUCGUUAUAAAAAAAAUAAUGAUGCUAACAGACAUCGUAGUUAUGAACGUUCAGGUCAUUAUCAAAAUGAUUUUCAUGGUAAACAAAUGAAUAAUUAUCAGGGUAAUAAUAAUUACAACCACAGAAAUGCUCUUGAUGGUGCUGGUCAAUCAUUUCAUCGUGGUAAAUCAACUGAUACCAAUGCUCAACCACAAAUGGUAAAUACUCAAUUAUCAUCUGCACCACAAACAUCAUCAGCAUCAACUACCUCAGCUGCAGCAUCAUCAUCAACAUUGCCAGCUGGUGGACAACAGACUGUUACAAGUACAGCUACUCAGUAUUAUCAAAAUUAUCCACCACCACCAAUUUAUUCAAAUGUACAGUAUGUGCCAAAUGAUGGAAAUAAUUAUUACCCACCACCAAGUGGUAAUUAUUAUCCAGUUUCAACCAUUGUAACACCACAACAAGAAAUUCAAGAUGGUAAUAAUCAACAACAGCCAUCAUUGCUACCACAACCAACAUUACCAGGUUCAUAUGUUUGUGGUGGUCCAGAUACAAUGAAUUUUCCACCACCGAUGUCACCAAUGUAUCCAUAUGUUUUUACACAACCACCAAUCUAUCAAAAUGCAUCACCAAAUCAAGCACAUGAUCAACAAUGGUAUCCAAUUGCUGAUAAUCAACAACCAGCACCACAAUUUGUACCAUCAUUUGCUCAACUUUCAAUAACACGUCCACCACAACCACCAAUGAUCAACAGACCACCACCAGCUUCUAAUUAAAAAAAAGAAAAGUUAUUGUUAUUUGUAAAUUUUUUUUUUCUUGAGGCUGGCC